AUGAUUCCUACCGUAUUCCUAUAUUAUUUCUUGAGGAAUCAAGUUAGAAUGAGAAGGCUCAAACGAGAGGUUGGACUUGAAACUGAUCAACCAAAGGAAAUCGAAUCAUCAAGUGAAUCGAGUGAUUCUGAGAGUGAGGAUAUGGGAAAAGCGGUAUUGUUGAUGAAAAUCACUCAAGUGGAAAUCACUCAAGUGGAAAUCACUCAAGUGGGAUCCCGAUACGAAUUGGCAAAUCUCAUGCUACUUAGCAUUCUCGUGUUCAUCGCCAAUUUCACAUUGAUUUUUUUGCUUAAAAGGAAUCCCAAUCGUUCCAUUCACUCGACAAUGAAUCGGAAAUAUGAACUGGUUGAUCGAAGUCGACAAGCAGCUGAUGUA